GAUCAAGGGAACGCGUUUGAAGGAGGAGUGGCGUUCGAGUGACGCCAACACGACAGUCGAAGUAUCGCUCUUGCGCCAUUCGACGCUUACGCCCUUCGUCACACUGAUCCGCCCUAUAAAGAGUCCGCGCGUCCGCCGAGCCCCGAUUUGCCGCAGCCCCGCCGCACACGACGAUAACAUCGAUCAAAAUGAGCGAAGAAACCUGGGAAUCCUGGAAGGUCACUUAUAGCAAGUCAUAUGCGACUCCUGAGGAAGAGGCGAAAAGGAAGGAAAUCUGGGAGACUACUAAAAAACGAGUGAAAGAACACAAUGAAAAGUACGAGAAAGGGGAGGUGACCUUCAAGAUGGGUGUCAACCAAUUUGCCGACUUGCUAUACUGUGACAUUCUUGCCAUGAAUGGAGAAACUAGGGUCAACUCCUGGUCUGCUAGUCCAACACCGACUCGCCGGCCUGUCCCGACUUGAAAAGGAAUUUCAAUUAAAAGUCUUUUAAAAUUUGUACAGUUCAGAAAAGGGCUUUUUUUCUUGCUAAAACCUCAAGUUGCCUCGGACCGCCCAUUAACGGAACAAUUAUUUAUGCCUUAUUGUAAAUUUGAUUAUUUAAUAAAACUUUAGUUUUAACAAAAAUAAAA